AUGGAUAACAAACGUGGCGAGAAGGGAGAGAAGAGAUGUUUUGAUCUUUUUUCGACGUUGAUUCAAGCUUUUGGUAAUGACGAAAUAAGAGCGAGACGUGGAAAAGAAGAACAAGAGAGAAACAUGCUCAUGAUCCAUACUAUUACUACUGCAUUUACCAACACUUACCAUCACAAACGAAAUAUCGAUGAUGAUGAGUCCAAGCAUCAAGAAAACGCUUCUUCUUCUUCUUCUUCUUCGAGGAGUUUGGUCGAGUCCAAGAGGCGUCGUGUGGUGGAGUCCGAUGACGAACCCAUCAGGGCACAACCUAUUAGAGCAAUCAAGCCACCAGUUAAGAAAAGAAAGGCACCGGUUAAGCAAAAGGAACCGGUUAGAAGAGAGUCUGGAGUAACGCCGCCGGGAUGGUUGGUUGAGCUGAUGGGGAAAAAGAACGGUGUGGAUGGGAAGAUGGUGAUAGAGAAGGUGAUAACAAAGACAGAUCUAAAACCAGACCAAGGACGUUUCUUGAUACCCUUUAAGCAAAUAACAGAGGAUGACUUCUUGACCAAGGCAGAGCUGAAGAUCUUAGAGAAGCAUCGCAGUAAAGAUGGCGAGAAAGGAGUUGAUCGUCCGAAAGGAGUUGAUGUGAUCUUGUUGAAUAGUAAUGAUGCUGAGAAGGAAUGUAACGCUAACCUUAGGAUAUGGGAUAUGUGGACCACUUCCAACUACGCCUUAUGUUGUGGUUGGAACAAGUUUGUCCGCCAAAACGACCUAGCCGCAAACCAGACUCGUCGUCUCUGGUCCUUCCACUCGCAAGAUGGCACUCUCUAUUUUGUUUUCGAUCCUCUAGCUGUGGCUCAACCAUCUUCAUCUUCAUCCAUGGAUAUGGUUGUAAUCUCUGGGGAUCCGUUUGCGUGUGAAGAGGCAAGCAGGAGAAUUAUGCUAUAUUGGACUCCAAAGAGAAGCAGAGCUACUGGAGUUUGGAUUCUAGAUCCAACCAGCAACCUACUCGAGGGUUCGGACCUAAACAGAACACCACCACCAGAGGACUCUGAGAUGGAUUCUGAUCUCGAGGCUGAUCAAGAGACUCAUAUUAGGAGGCACUCGAAGGUGGUGGAGGACUCUAGCAACCUCGGGUCUAUGUGA